AUGCGAGACGGGAGCCCCGUACCACAGAGCCAUGAAGAACGGCAAACUGUGGUAGACCAAUAUCAGAACGAAGAAAGCUUCGUCCUCGAUGCGCAUCUACGUGCCGCGGCCUGUCAUGGGUCGAUCGAGAAGGUCGAACUUCUAUUGUCAACUGAGGGCAUUGAUCCCAACUCACCAGACGAGCAUGGCUCAACAGCUCUUUCGUGGGCGGCAUACCAAGGCCAUGAAGAAAUCGUACAACUGCUUCUCAACGUUGACCAGAUAAAUGUAAAUGUGGGGAAUGUCUACGGAGGAACACCACUCUACGUGUAUUCAGAGAGGGGAUACGAGAAACUUGUGCAAACACUGCUCGGACGAGGUGCAGACGUCAACGCCCAGGGUGGCAACCACGGCGGUGCACUACAGGCGGCUUCUGCAAUGGGCCACGAAAAGAUUGUACAAAUGUUACUCGAGCACAAUGCUAACAUCAACGCUCAGAACGGACCCCAUGGCAGUGCACUACAUGCAGCUUCUGCAAUGGGUCACGAUAAAGUUGUACACAUGUUGCUUGAAUAUGAUGCGGACGUCAAUGCUCGGAGUGGACCCAAUGACAGCGCACUACAAGCGGCUUCAGCAGGUGGCCACUAUAAAAUUGUACAACUGCUUCUUGAACAUAAUGCCGACGCCAAUGUUCAAGGUGCAAUCCGAGCAGCUUCUGCAGGAGGCCACAGCAAGAUAGUAAAGAUGCUGCUUGAACAUAAUGCCAACGCCAAAGUCCAGGAUGGAACCCAAGCAGCUUCUGCAAGAGGCCACAGCCAUGUAGUACAGAUGCUGCUGGAACACAACGCCGACGUCCAAGUCCAGGGUGAACUUCUUGGCAUUGCACUGUGUGCGGCUUCUGUACGGGGCUACGACAAGAUUGUACAGAUGCUACUGGCACAUUAUGCGGUCGUUCACGCCCAAGAUGGAAAAUUUGACAUCGCACACAUCGAAGCUUCUGGGAUGGGUCAUGACAAGAUCGUACAGAUGCUGCUCGACAGAAAAACACGCCUCAAUAUCGAGACCAUCUUCUAUCUCUAUAGCACCAAGACCCCUCCAUUAUCUCGGUCUCUAUCAUCUUACAUACAGAAGAACAUGGUUGCUGAAAGAGACGCAGCUUACAACAAGACCCUGCUACACUGGGCAGCAUAUCGUGGCGAUCAGACUGCCACGAAACGUUGUCUUGAUCUCGGUGCCCAAAUUGAUGACACGGACGGAUAUGGUAUGACUGCACUUCACCUUGCUGCUGAGAACAGGCAUCUCAAGAUUGUGAAGAUUCUCGUCAUGGCGAACGCUCACAGAACUAUUCUUGAUAGCCAUGGACGUACUGCGCUUGACUGUGCCCGGAUUGCUAGCUCAGAUGGAUCUCAUGAUUGCAUACUUGAGGAAUUGAGGCCACCCGCACAGAGCAACACACGUUUGUCUUCUCGGAGAGCACGAUGGAUCUUGAGUAGCAAGCUGCACAAGUAA